UGAUGCUCUGCCUGCCUCUCUGUCUCUCUCCUGUCUCUGUCUCUCAGUGCAGAGGUCAAACCAAAAGCCGCACACCGCCGCUACCCAGCCCGACCCACCGCCGCCACCGCUCUCCAAUGGCGGCUCCUCUUUCCCUUCAAAACCGCCUCCUUUCCCUCCCCCUCCCCAUUCGUGUCUUCCUCUGGUAGUGCUCUCAUUCUUCCCACAAGCGAAGGCAAGGAGUUUAUUAGGCGAAUCUGCGGCCGCAAGAGCGUCCGAGAGCAAAUGGAGAGGGUGUGGAGGAAGGCCAAGAAGGCGCUGGGCGCCGGCCUCUGCGUGCACCUCCCCACCAUCGCCGGCGACCGGGAGGACGGCGCCAGCGAGCGCCGCGCGUCGGAUGCGCACUCCCUGGACUCCUCCGCGGCGGCGGCGGCGGUGCACGCGUCGGCGCCGAACACGCCGGCGGCGGAGUCCGGCGCGCUACGGAGGUCCAAGUCCGGAGGCAAGUCCUCCAAGAGAAUGUGCGCUAUAUGUUUUGAUUCCAUGAAGCCAGGUCAUGGACAAGCUCUGUUCACUGCUGAAUGUUCUCAUAUGUUUCACUUUCACUGCAUCUCCUCCAAUGUGAAACAUGGAAACCAUGUAUGCCCAGUUUGCCGGGCAAAGUGGAAAGAGAUACCCUUCAAUCGCUCAUUUUCUUCUAUAGUUUCCCGUGGAAGAGGUGGGCUGAAUGUGAACCCAGCUCGAUUACCACAGCAAGAUGCCUACAUGGCUCUUCUCCACCAGGUUCCAAACCACCAGAGAGAAGCUCCUGUUUUGCAUACUUCGGAACCAGUAGACUUCAAUGAUGAUGAACCUUUGCAGAAGAUGGAGGCUGCUGACAGUUGUGAUGUUGGAUCCAGUAGAGCUGUGGAAAUUAAGACGUAUCCAGAGUUUUCGGCUAUUCCACAGUCAUCAUCUCAAUAUGACUUUGCUGUUCUGAUCCAUCUGAAGGCCCCAUAUGCUAAUCCAGAGCAGGUCACAGGAAGACCGGUCAAUGCAACCUCAUUUGGGUAUCCUACAUCUCGUGCUCCUGUUGAUCUUGUUACCGUGCUUGAUGUUAGUGGAAGUAUGGCAGGCACUAAACUGGCACUCUUGAAGCGAGCCAUGGGUUUUGUUAUUCAACACCUUGGGCCAUCUGAUCGCCUUUCAGUCAUUGCUUUUUCUUCUACUGCCAGAAGAUUGUUCCAUCUGCGACGGAUGUCACACUCUGGCCGGCAGCAGGCCUUGCAGGCUGUCAACUCACUUAGUGCUGGUGGUGGCACGAACAUUGCUGAUGCACUGAAGAAAGCUGCUAAGGUUAUCGAGGACCGAAGCUAUCAGAAUCCAGUAUGCAGCAUCAUUCUCUUGUCUGAUGGCCAAGAUACAUACAAUAUUCCCUCUAAUGUUAGGGGAGCCUGGCCAGAUUAUAGGUCACUUGUUCCAUCUUCCAUUCUCAAUCACACAUUUUGCUUAGUGCCUGUGCAUGGGUUUGGCUUUGGUGUAGACCAUGAUUCAGAUGCUUUACAUUCAAUUGCUGAGGCCUCUGGUGGUACAUUCUCCUUUAUCGAGGAUGAAUGUGUGAUUCAGGAUGCAUUUGCUCAGUGUAUAGGAGGGCUUCUUAGUGUUGUUGUUCAGGAUAUGCAACUAAAUGUGGAGUGUGUGCAUUCUGGUGUUCAGCUUCGCUCCAUCAAAUCUGGUAGUUACCUGAGUAAGGUGGCUGGAAAUGGGCGAAAUGGGUCAAUUGAUGUUGGUCAUCUCUACGCCGAUGAGGAGAGGGACUUUUUACUGUCUGUGAGCAUACCAUGUUGUCAUGAACAGACCUCAUUAUUGAAGGUUGCUUGUACCUACAGAGAUCCUUUGACAAUUGAAGCCAUCAAGAUUCAAGGUGAUGAGGUAAAUAUCUUGAGGUCUAAAUCAGCCAAAUCUGAUCCAGUAUGCAUGGAGGUUGAUCGUGAGAGAAACCGUGUCCGUGCCGCUGAUGCUAUUGAGGCUGCAAGGGCUGCUGCUGAGAGAGGUGCUCUUUCUGAUGCUGUUGCUAUUCUUGAAGAUUGCCGGAUGAUACUGUCAGAAUCCUUUUCAAGCCGUAGUGGGGACCGUCUGUGCAUGGCCCUUGAUGCAGAGCUGAAGGAGAUGCAGGAGAGGAUGGCUAAUCGGCAACGUUACGAGGCUUCAGGGAGGGCAUAUCUGCUGUCUGGACUGAGCUCGCAUUCUUGGCAGCGAGCUACUACACGAGGAGACUCCACAGACAGUGCUACACUUGUUUACUCCUAUCAGACACCAUCCAUGGUUCAGAUGCUGCAGCGCUCACAAAACCACUACCCUUCACCUCAGGGCCCAUCACAGGUUGAACAACCUAGGCCUUUCUUGGCAAAACCCCAGCCAAGGUAGAAGGCUGUUUGCCAUUAUCUCGAGCAAGUGCAUGGAUGAUGGUGAAGAAAUCGCAUUGGUAUGGCUGCUUUGUAGGCCAGUGUAAACUUUAGCACCUCUUUUGUUUUUCUUAUUUGCAUGGUGGUGGUAUACCGGAGGUGGUGGGGUGGGCUUGGAGGUAAAUAUAAUCAGGGGGUAUACUGGAGAGUGAGGGGCUUUGGUGGUAAAUACAUUGUGGGGGGUAUACUCCUGUGAUGUGAAGGAAUAAGGGUUGGGAAUUAAAGUAGACUAGUAGAGGAGGGGCUGGAGAAAUUGUGUAAUAGCUUCAUUGGGGUAAGGUCUAGCUAGUUUGUCUAGGGUCUGGUCAGUUCAUUGUCAAUGUAUCCUUUUCUCUUUGGUCUUUGGCGAUGUAGAUAAGAGGGUCUGGUCUGGGGUGGUAUAUCAUGGAAUCUAGGGAAAUUUUGAUUUGGGGUGCAAAGCUAUUCCAUGGAUCCAAACUUUUGUUUCAGUGACCUUGUUCAUCCCUGAGGCAUGUUGCAAGUUGUUUCUUGUGUUGUUCGUGCC